CAGAAUGCAGACAGCAUCGAACUGGUCACAAAAAGUGUUGUGCAAGAUUUGAAACAGUCUGGCAGAGAAUACUUGCUGAUAUUCGUGAUGAGGACGAACGAGUAGUAUUUUGCCCCUGGACCUUGCCUGAUAAUGUUAGCAGCAUCUGCUCUACGAGCUGCUGCGUCUGCACGCUCCAGUGCCCUAAGAACUCAUCGUUACUCAGGGACGAGGUUAUUCCAGACAAAUCGUCCUCGCCAAUUCAAGGCUCCUAAAGAGUUUGAGCAUAUCCGACGGACAGAGAAUGGCAAGAACGAGAAAAGCGAGAGCAAGGACUCGGGCGCCAAGGAAGAGCAGAAGGCCGGAGGCAGUCGCAAGAAGAGAGAUGAUGGCUUUCCUGGUGGCGGAGAGUUCUACAAACGUUUCAAGAAGCAAUCACCGAACAAGGGCCAGUUUGAGUUCUCCUUUGACCUAAACCUAGACCCGCGGAAAAACCCUUGGAUAUAUGGCUUAGCUGCACUCAUUGCAUUGGCGGGAUACAGUAUUUAUGACUCGUAUUCUUACAAGGAGAUCACCUAUCAAGAUUUCUACAAUUCCUAUUUGAGCAAAAAUCUGGUGUCGCAUGUGACUAUUGUUGAAGGCAAAUAUGUACGCGUGGGCCUUAUGUCUGGUUCAUCGGAACGUGUAUUCUUCAACAUCGGCAGUGUGGAGGACUUUGAGAGAAAGCUCCGCGAAGCGCAGAAGCAUCUCGGCAUUGAGCUGCAAAAUGAAGUUCCCAUCGCCUACUCGGAAACAAACCCAGUUGUGAAAUUUUUCAAGACCAAUCCUGUUAUUCAGCAGGUGAUCUUCUUUAUCAUUGCUGGUGUGGCAUUCCGCUACUACAUGCAGCGACGAGGUGGAUCGACCAUGGGUGGCCGUGGACUGCUAGGCGUCGGAAAGACCGACUUCCAGAGCAGUGCCAAGUCAGACGUGAAGUUCACCGACGUGGCUGGCGCAGAGGAGGCCAAGGUGGAAGUGAUGGAGUUUGUCCAGUUCCUGAAGACUCCUGAGCAUUACCACCGCCUUGGUGCCAAGAUUCCUCGUGGUGCCAUUCUGACUGGUCCACCGGGUACUGGUAAAACCUUGCUGGCCAAGGCUACCGCCGGCGAAGCCGGUGUGCCCUUCUUCAGCGUGUCCGGCUCGGACUUCGUAGAAGUCUUUGUAGGCGUUGGCUCCUCUCGUGUGCGCGACCUGUUUGCAAAGGCGCGCAAGGAAGCACCCUGCAUUGUCUUCAUUGAUGAAAUUGAUGCGGUUGGUCGGAAAAGAGUGAGCGGCUUUGGUGGCAAUGAGGAGCAGAGCAAUACGUUAAACCAGCUUCUUGUCGAGAUGGAUGGUUUCACCUCCACAUCCAACAUAGUGGUGCUGGCAGGUACGAAUCGUGUUGACGUCCUCGACGCGGCUCUACUGCGACCUGGGCGAUUCGAUCGCCAAAUUGAGAUUGCUCCUCCAGACAUCAAAGGCCGGCGUUCAAUCUUUGAAGUCCAUCUGAAGCCUAUCAAGACGGAUGUGGACAGGACCAAGCUGUCACGCCAGCUGGCGGCACAUACACCCGGCUUCGCCGGUGCUGAUAUCGCCAAUGUGUGCAACGAAGCAGCGCUGAUUGCAGCCAGGCACAACGAGGACUCCGUGCUGGAGAAGCACUUCUUCCAGGCCAUCGAGAGAGUAGUAGCCGGUCUGGAGAAGAAGUCGAGUGUAUUGUCUCCUGAGGAGAAGAAGAAGGUUGCAUACCACGAGGCUGGCCAUGCUAUCGUUGGCUGGUUUUCAGAGCACUGUAGCCCACUCCUCAAGGUGUCAAUUAUUCCACGCGGCAAGGCACUGGGCUAUGCGAUGUCCCUGCCAAAGGACCAGUAUCUUGUCACAAAAGAACAGAUGUUUCAAAUGAUGUGCAUGACGCUGGGUGGCCGCGCAGCUGAGGAAGUCUUCUUCGACGAGAUCACCACCGGCGCAAUGGACGAUCUGCAGAAGGUCACGCGCAACGCCUACAGUCAGAUCGUGGAGCAUGGCAUGAACUCCAAGGUUGGCCAGGUUGCAUUCAAGCUACCGCAGUCUAACGAGCUAAUUGCCGACCGUCCGUACAGCGACGAUACCGCUAAGAUUAUCGAUCAGGAGGCGCGUAAGCUGAUCGAUCAGGCCUACGAGAAGACACUGGAGUUGAUCCGCGAAAAGAAGGAUGAGGUCACCAAGGUCGCAGAGCAUUUGCUGUCCAGGGAGGUACUCACUCGAGACGAGAUGAGUGAGCUGAUCGGCAAGCGACCCUUCACGGAAAAGACAACGUAUGAGGCGUUCGUGGAAGGCACGGGCGAGGAUGACGAGAAGAAUGCGUCUCUGGAAGAUGUCAUGAAGUCCAAGGACGAGAAACCCGCCGAAUCAGCCGACUCGGACAAGAAAGAGGCCAAGGAGGAAACUCCACCAUCACCACCAACUGAGAAAGGUGCUUGAACACACUUCCUGCCCCGCUUCAUUCAUACCUGGAGUAUUACCCAUAGCCAUGUAUACUAGCUACCAGUACAUACUUGCUUAUGACGUUGCCUUCAACUUGUACAUUCUUUAGACUUCGUUUUUAUGGAGCCCACAGCGACUGGCUCUCCACACACAUACCUCUACUUUUACUGCAAAGUGUACAUAGACAAAAUCUGCCCGUCCCUUGUACAUGUAUUGUUAUGAAUUCUGUUUUUAUUCGCCACUAUAAUAUCCGUGCACAAUUGACGUGUUUGUGUUACAGUCUGCAUGUUUGGGUGGUUGCUGUCCGUACUAGGAACUGAUGUGCACAUCUGCCAUCAGAGCAACUCACCCCCUUCUUCCAUGUGUUGUUACAUCGUCUGAAUGUUUGUUAGUGACAAUUUCGAAUGUUGAGAGACGUUAAGUCCCUUGUACAUCAAA